AUGUCAAAGUCCAACGAUGCCGGUCACUUCUUUCAGACAUCUGCUGCUCUGGAAACGACUUCCCGAAAAGAGGCCAAAGCAAAGAACAAGCACGGAAAACCAAUCAAGAUCUCGUCAAAAGUCCUUGCAGCACACGCAGAUAUAUUCGGCAGCACAGCGAUACCGACCGUGUUUGUUGCAGAAGCAGCAGGGGAAGUGAAGCGAGUCAAGCUCGAGGCCGGCAAAGUAGAACGUAUCUUCAACGGAAGCGCCGCACCCCUGACCAGCCUUGCAAUCUGCCCUAUAACCAAAACCCUCUUCACCGGCUCUUGGGACAAGACAAUCUACUGCAUUCCACUGGACAAACCAUCAGAAGUACAGAAACUCACAGGUCACUCAGAUUUCAUCAAGACUCUCCUCCCUGCCUCACUAGCCGGCAAACCCAUCCUCAUCUCCGGCGGCGCAGAUGCAAACAUUAUAGUCUGGGAUCCCACCACAGGCAAACAACUCCACAAACUCAAAGGCCAUACCAAAGCCUUACAACACUUGACCAUUGAUCCUCUAUCCCAAGAAUCGGACAGCUUCACUCUCUUCAGCGCGAGCUCAGAUCGAGAGAUUAGACGUUGGCACAUUAGCCUUGACUCUGCCCACGAGCUGUCAGAGUCUCUUUCAGGUCCCAUACGUCCGCAUGAGACUUCCAUCUAUGCUCUGCAUUGGGAUGCCGACGGUUCGGGCUUGUGGACCGCUUCGGCAGAUUUCACUGCCAAGUAUCUUGUUCGGGAUCGGGAUUGGGAGGCGGAUACGACUCUUCAACAUCCAGACUUUGUACGAGACGUGCUGCCUUUUGAGGAUUUGGGACUUGUGGUCACGGCAUGUCGGGAUGAGGAGGUACGGGUCUGGGAUGUUGCGAGUGGGAAGUGUGUCUGCACUUACAGUGGCCAUUACGAAGAAGUCACUGCAUUGGUACCAGCUGUGGGUGGAAGAGGUGUUGUGAGUGUUGGAAUCGACGGAACAGUAAGGCAGUGGAGUUUGGAGAGAGUGGAGAUGGCAAAGUUCGUUGAAGAGCGGGAGCAAGAAAUGAACGGCAUGGUCAAGGAUGAGAGCAACGAAAAGAAGGAGGGAAUGCUGACUGCGGAAGAAGAGGCAGAGUUGGCCGAGCUGAUGGAUGGUGAAGAUUGA